GAGCAAUAUGAUGGUGACUUAACACCAAUAUAUUUAAUAGUUUUAUUUGAGUUGUCCCAUUCAGUUGGUUUAACAUGAUUCACGGUGAGAAUUCACAGUUUAUAAAUAGGUCGUGUGAUGUCCGCGGGCAGUGCAUAUUUCGCGCGCGAUCCGCUGUCAUCUCUCUUAUGACUGCAUAUAGUCAUUAUGUGUUCAUAUUUUGUAAUACAAGUAAUAUUACAUUAUAUAUUAACCGCAUGAGUAUUUUCUUCAGUAAUAAUUAACAUCGUGUACAUGUGUUAAAAUGAACAUACCAUUUUAUGAACAAUACGAGUAAAUAAUUAAGAGAAACAUUUUAUCAUAUUGCUGUUUACGUUCUGAAGAGUUUCACUGAAAAUAUACUUCACAGCUGACGCGUGUGCGGAAAUAAAAGACGUAAAUUUUAUCGUUUUAAGAAAGAUAACCAAUAGGACGGUUAUCAAUAUUGUUUAACUUUCUGUACAAUUUGGUUGGAACAGAUUUUUCAACGUUUGUAUACAGUAGAUAAAGCCUUAGGUUAGUCGGUCGGAAACAUGCAAUCUGUGUUGUGUUUAUUGUUCGUUGCUGUCAAUGUGCAAGUAAUACUGGGAAAGCUGUUGACGGAAGAGGAAGACGCAUUCUUGCCGCGGUUGUACCACCUGGAUGACUACGAGCGAUGCCUGGCGUCUCCGGGCGAGGACCAGCUGUACUGCAUGGGCAGCUUCCACUUGACGCCCUCAAAGCCGAACCAUCCGGUCUACGCUCUGAUGGAGGAGUCUUCCAGAGACCCGAUGAACUUUAAUCGUACGUUAAUCCACCGCGGUUACUGCGUCAGCACCCGCUGUCCGAACCUAUUUGGAAGUGGAGACCUGAACGAGACACAGCGCUUCACAGAGUGCAUAUCUCAGUGGGCGAGCACGCUGGAAUUCCACGCUACUCCGAUAUCUAUAGAGUAUUGCGACAACAGUACGCAAACGUACAAAAGCAUUGAGCUAGAUGCGUCCAAGAUUGCGUUCCUGACUGUGGUAUUCUGCUUACUGUUCUGCAACAUCAUUGGUACUGCUUACGAUUUCAUGUCACCUAAUGAAAAGAAGCGCCAGCUGCUGUUGUUCUGGUCGUGGAGGGACAACUGGCGACGGCUGACUUCCAACGACCAUUCUGACCCGGAGCGAGCUUCCUUGAUGCCCAUUCAUGGCCUCAGAGCCGUGUUAAUGCUGCUAGUUAUAUGGAUACACUGCGGUCUCAUAUACUUCAGGCUGUACUCCGACAACCCCCUUUAUCUGGAAAAGAUGAUGCGCGACCCGCUAUUCCAGCCGGUGCGCAACGGCACGCCGGUGGUGUGCGUGUUCCUGAUGCUGGCCAGCUUCCUGCUGGCGCGCCGCUUGCUGCUGCUGCCGCCACUCAAGCAGCCGUCGCUGCUGCUGUGCCUACUGCACAGAUUGGCCAGGGUAUACCCGGCAUACAUGCUGGUGGUUUGGUGGGCGGGCAGUUGGUGGCGGGAGUGCGGGGCGGGCGCGGCGUGGGCGGGCGUCGGCCGCGCCGAGGCGGGCCAGUGUCGACGGGGGCCCUGGGGGCCGCGCGCGCUCAUGCUGCACAACCUGCUGCCCGCGGGGGGCAACGGGGGGCACUGCCUCGUGCAGACCUGGUUCGUAGCGGUGGACAUGCAGCUGUACAUAGUAUCGUGCGCAUUAACGCUGGCGCUCGCUUCUGGUUCGCGGCGGCGCAACCUGACAAUACUGAGCGUGCUGUUCGUAGCCUCCUGCUGCCUGAACGCAGUGCUUGCUUACGUGUUCCAGUGGAAGAGCAUGCUGUUGGUCAUGACUCCAGAGACCCUACGAACGAUGUUCCACGGCGAGCCUUCGUUCACGAACCUGUACAUGUCUCCGUGGGGCGCGCUGCCGGCCAGCUUGCUGGGCGUAUUCCUGGCGCACCUGCACACACACCUGCAGGAGAUCGACUUCCAAUUCACAGAACAUAAGGUGUUGACAUGCCUCCACCGCUUGUACCUCCCGCUGGCGGCGGCGCUGGCUUGGGGCGGCGCGCUGGCGGUGGGGUCGGGCCCCGCGCUGCAGCGGGCGCGCGCGUCCCCGCUGGGCGCCCUGUACGCGGCCCUGGACCGGCCCCUCAUAUGCGCCCUGGCCGCGCUCGCGCUGCUGGGAUACUGCCACCACGUACCCAGCGUAUCCCGGCGCGUGCUGUCGUGGCGCGGCUGGGUGUUUAUGUCGCGCUUGUCGCUGGGCGCGCUGCUGCUGCACUGGAGCGUCGCCGUCUCCGCCCUCGCCGCCUCGCCCCGCCCGCCCGGCCGACACCUCGCCAUCCUGUGGGACGGCGUGGCAACAGCGGCAUUCACGUACGCACUGGCAGUCCCUCUGACGCUGCUGGUGGAACAGCCCCUGCAGCGCACCAUCACCAAGCUGUUGCUGCGACAUUCGACCACCACCAACAACAAAUGAACGACGCCAACAAAUAUUUAACACUGCGAUGGGUUUUGCUAUCGACACUCGAAAUGCAGCAUUUAACACAGUCUUUGUUUUUCUUUCGCUCUGGCUUUAAGUCCUUAAUGAAAUAGCCAAAGACGUGGAUAUCUUUGCCCUUUCCCACUCCACCUACUUACGAAAAUGCAGGAGCCAAUUGUAAUUAAAUUGAUUUUUAUUAAUAUUAUAAUUCUUGAUUAGUACAUACAUAUUUAAUUAUUUCUUUUUUUAAUUGAAAUUGCAUAUUUAAUUAUUAUAAUAAUUAUUUUUUCAAAUUUGUGAGCUAAAAUUAAGCAAAUGUCGUGUUCAGCAUUAAUGGGGUGCAAGUUUAUGUAAUACAAUAAUUUUGUAUAAUAAUAUGUAAGUUUUAAUUUGUACUCUGUCGCUGUACCAUAAAUAAAUAAAAAUAAAGAAGUCCAUGACGCCUAGCAUUAAGUUCAUGACACCUAGGCUUAAGGCCAUAACACCUAGGCUUUGAAAACAAACUUGUAUUUUUCUCAUAAUUCCAAUAAGAAACACAACGCGUGCUAAAAGAAGCUUCUUGCGUGAUAUCAUUAUACUUAAUGAAAUGAUAUAUUAUGUCAGUGGUGUCGAUUCUGACAUGAUUCUCUAAAGCUAAACUUAAAUUUGACAACAGUGCAUCUUUGUCAUUCUCUAUACAGAAUGAAAGGGAAGGACUGAUGUUAAAUUUAGUUUUAAGUUUAGAGAAUCACGCCAGGAUCGACACCAGUUUUUAUAAAUCACUUUCGAAUUGAUAAUAGGGUAUUUGACAGCAUUAAAAAUAAAGUGCCAAAUGUUAGCAUCUGUGUUUAGAAUGAAUAUUGGCAGGGGUUUUUACUAUUUAUACAAAACAAAAAAUCAUAAUUUUACUAAAAACCCACGAAAAAGAUAAUAGUUUUCUUAUCUAGCGUCACGUGACCCAAAACGCUUGGGAUUGGCGGAGCCUAAAAUGACGUCACACACAAGUAAACUUCCGGUUAAAGCGACAUUACAUUGUAUCGUUUGACGUUUUAAUAACAGUCGUGUGACGUCACACACUAGUAUCACACUUAUAUUGUCCAGAGAAACGUUUUCGCGGUAAUUUGAAAAUGGAGUUUUUGAUUUGGUUAUUUUUACUGAAAUACACAACAGAAUGAUGAAUAUUCACUUUUUACGGACUCCAUAAACAUUAGACAAUAACGUUAGAUCGUUUUCUAAAACUUGUCAAAUACCCUAUUGUGUGUACAUAAUAGGUAUAUUUACUUAAGACACUUCGGGCCGUUAAAAUGUGAAUGGUUUUUUAUCAGUUCGGGCGAAAUUUUAUUUAAAUAACUAGAAGGUCCGCCCGCUAAACGUUAUUCAUCACAGCAAAAAAUUUUUUUUUAAUCCUGUAAUGAGACUGCAGCGCCGCCAAUCGAGUACAGUUUUGAGUAAAGUUUCCUUAAAAUUUAUAAUUUCUGCGCAACUUUCUUCAGCGAGUGUGCUUAUGACCACACGACUAAAGUGAAACUACUUUAGUUCCAUCUGUAUGUAUGUAUAUAUAUAUAUAUAUAUAUGUGUGUGUGUACAAUAUAUAUUAUGUAUGUACGUAAAUACACAUAUAUUAAUUUUCUACAAAUAUUUAAAUUUAUUGUAUGUUUUCAUUGAUAAACAAAAAAGUAAAACUUUCCAAUUUCAAAUCCAAACUUAAACUGAAGAUUUGUUGAUAGAAAAAAAAACAUACGACUGAUUUCAACUUAGGAUUUCAAUGGCGUAGAAGUAAUAGUAACAUACUUAAUUGUUAUUGCUUAUUAUUGAUAAAUUACGUCGUGUAAUCAAUUAAAAACCUAUUUCAAUAGUAAUUAACAUCAAAUAAACACGUAAGUAAGCACUAGAUUAAUGUAUUUUGUAACGGGUAUUAUUCAUUGUUUACCGAUGAGUCACCGGUGUCACCAAUCGUAACGCGUAACUCGUAUCGCAUUCGCCAAUUUAUCCCCCAAGUCAAGCGUGAAUUUUCAUUUCUAUAAAAAAGAGAUGAUGACCGAUGUAUUGUCAUUUUCAUUUAUGGCGUAAGUGAUCAAGGGGAAUAAGUAGGGUUUAUAUAUAGAAAUAGAUGUUAGUAUGAACUGUUUGUAAAUAUUUAGUAAAGGAAUAAUUAAAAAC